GUUGUGUGCCUCGUGUUUUCUCUGGGGCUUAGGACUUGGCUGGUCCUGAUUUAUCGUGUGUCCGGGAAGGGCUUUUUGGUGGCGAGAGCGAAGCUAGAUUAUAUACUACUUGUGGGGACAAUGCAGAGGUUGUUGCCCUUCGUGGCCUGGCACAAAGUGGAGAGAGUAUGCUGGGAGGACACUGGGUUUUUCUUGGGUUUCCUUGGCAAGAGGUCUCUGGGGAAGAGAGAACAUGGCAUUUGAACUAUGUGGAAGCCCAGCAGGUCGAGGUUGCAUGAAGGGCCUGGGGAGUUUGAAGUAGCAGGAGCGAGCACCAAUGAGCCCACCUGUCUGCGCCAGCACUGGGGGUGAGAGGGCGCUACUUAGGGUUCUGUUGGAAUCCUUUGAGCAGGUAGAGACUGAAGUACUCUUGUCUGACUCACAGGCUCCGGCACGUUUUGGGGGAGGUGCCUGCAGGACCCAACGUACUCAAUGAGCUUCCAGCGCAAUGUCCGAUCGCUCGGGGCCGACUGCCAAGGGGAAGGAUGGAAAGAAGUAUUCCUCGCUCAACCUGUUUGAUACGUAUAAGGGCAAGUCCUUAGAGGCCCAGAAACCCGCUGUUGCCCCUCGCCAUGGCCUGCAGAGUCUUGGGAAAGUUGCCAUUGCCCGGCGCAUGCCGCCCCCAGCCAACCUUCCGAGCCUGAAAGCCGAGAACAAAGGCAAUGACCCCAACGUCUCACUAGUGCCGAAAGACGGGACAGGAUGGGCAAGCAAACAGGAGCAGUCCGACCCCAAGAGUUCCGAUGUCUCGACCGCUCAGCCGCCGGAAUCGCAGCCACUGCCGGCUUCACAGACGCCUGCCUCCAGCCAGCCGAAACGCCCCCCCGCAGCCCCCGAGAACGCUCCUUCGGUUCCAAGCGGGGUAAAGUCCUGGGCACAAGCCAGCGUCACCCAUGGAGCACACGGAGAUGGUGGAAGGGCAUCAAGCCUACUGUCACGAUUCUCUCGAGAGGAAUUUCCGACCCUUCAGGCGGCUGGAGACCAGGACAAGGCUGCCAAGGAAAGGGAGUCUGCCGAACAGUUGUCUGGGCCCGGACCAAGCCUCCGCCCCCAAAACUCUACCACGUGGAGGGACGGAGGUGGGCGUGGCCCCGAUGAGCUGGAGGGCCCAGACUCCAAACUCCAGCAUGGCCAUGACCCCCGGGGGGCGCUGCAGCCUUCGGGCCCACCCCAGUUCCCUCCAUGCCGCGGGAUGAUGCCGCCCUUCAUGUAUCCCCCAUACCUCCCUUUCCCUCCGCCCUAUGGACCCCAAGGGCCUUACCGAUACCCUCCUCCUGAUGGGCCCAGCCGUUUUCCUCGUGUGGCAGGCCCCCGGGGCUCCGGGCCGCCGAUGCGCCUAGUGGAACCUGUGGGCCGACCUUCCAUUCUUAAAGAGGAUAACCUUAAAGAGUUUGACCAGUUGGACCAGGAAAAUGAUGAUGGUUGGGCAGGGGCCCAUGAGGAGGUGGACUACACUGAAAAGCUCAAAUUCAGCGAUGAGGAAGACGGGCGAGACUCCGAUGAGGAGGGAGCUGAGGGCCACAAGGAAUCCCAAUCAGUUGCUGGUGAGGAACGGCCCCCUGAAGCAGAUGGCAAAAAGGGCAACUCCCCCGGCAGCGAACCGCCCCCUCCCAAGACGGCCUGGGCAGAGACCUCUCGGCCUCCAGAGACAGAGCCGGGGCCUCCUGCCCCAAAGCUUCCCCCACCCCCACCUCACAGGGGCCCCACUGGGAACUGGGGCCCCCCUGGGGACUACCCAGAUCGUGGGGGCCCUCCCUGCAAGCCCCCUGCACCCGAAGACGAGGAUGAGGCUUGGCGGCAGCGGCGGAAGCAGUCGUCAUCUGAGAUCUCCCUGGCUGUGGAGCGGGCACGGCGGCGGCGCGAAGAGGAGGAGCGCCGCAUGCAGGAGGAGCGCAGGGCAGCCUGUGCUGAGAAGCUCAAGCGGCUGGAUGAGAAGUUUGGGGCCCCUGAUAAACGGCUCAAGGCUGAACCUGCUGCCCCACCCGCUCCCCCUCCACCUGUAGUCCUCAAAGAAGCCCCGACACCUCCAGCUCCAGCGCCGGCACCAGUCCCAACCCCAGAGAAAGAGCCUGCAGAGCCAGCACAGGCCCCUCCUGCCCAGCCCGCCCCCACUCUAGGUGUGGCUCCAGCCCCCACCCUUGUGAGCAGUGGUGGCAGUACCAGUAGCACCAGCAGUGGCAGCUUUGAAGCCAGCCCAGUGGAGCCCCAGUUGCCCUCAGAAGAGAGUCCUGAACCGCCAGAAGAAGUUCCUCCUCCCGCUGCACCACCAGCCCCAAAGGUGGAACCCACGGGUGAUGGGGCUGGCCCCGCCCGACAGCCCCCCAGCCAGGGUUUGGGCUACCCCAAAUAUCAGAAGUCCUUGCCUCCUCGCUUCCAGCGACAGCAGCAGGAGCAGCUCCUGAAGCAGCAGCAGCAGCAGCAGCAGUGGCAGCAGCACCAACAGGGCUCGGUGCCGCCUGCACCAGUCCCCCCAUCACCACCACAGCCUGUGACCAUGGGGGCUGGGACCGCUCCGCAGGGCCCACCCCCACCCCCCAAGGCUUUGUACCCAAGUGCUCUGGGCCGGCCCCCACCCAUGCCCCCCAUGAACUUUGAUCCCCGUUGGAUGAUGAUUCCUCCCUACGUGGAUCCCCGGCUCCUCCAGGGCCGGCCUCCUCUGGACUUCUACCCUCCUGGCGUGCAUCCCUCCAGCCUAGUUCCCCGGGAGCGCUCAGAUAGUGGGGGUUCAAGCUCAGAGCCGUUUGAACGCCAUGCACCUUCUCUCCUCCGGGAGCGGGGGACCCCACCAGUGGAUCCAAAGUUGGCCUGGGUAGGAGAUGUCUUUGCCACCACGCCUACCACAGACCCCCGCCCACUGACCUCCCCUCUGCGCCAGCCUCCUGACGAGGAGGACAAAGUCCUGAGGAGUGAGACUCCUCCGGUACCGCCCCCGCCACCCUAUCUGGCCAACUACCCAGGCUUCCCUGAGAAUGGAGCCCCCGGGCCCAUGAUCCCCCGCUGCCCCCUGGAGGAGCCAGCUCCCCCGGGGCCCCGGCCGCUCCCUUGGCCCGCAGGCAGUGAGGAGGCAACCAAGAUACAAGCCCCCCCACCCAAGAAGGAACCCCCAAAGGAGGAAGCAGCACCGAUGACAGGCCCAGAAGUGGGCCGAAAGCCCUCCCGUGGGGCUGGAGGAGGCAGUCAAGGCGCCCCGGCGCCCCGGAGAGAGAGCCGCACAGAGACCCGAUGGGGCCCUCGCCCGGGGAGCAGUCGUCGAGGAGUCCCUGCCGAGGAGCCGGGGGGCCCGCCCCGCCGAGCGGGACCGAUAAAGAAGCCCCUACCACCUGCAAAGGCCGAAGAGCUGCCUCCCAAGCCCAUCGAGCAGGGGGACGAAACCCCCAAAGUCCCGAAGCCAGACCCACUCAAGGCGGCCAAGGGGAAGGUGGGAGGAGGCCCCAAGGAGCCCCCGCCUAGCGGGAAUACUUCCCCUGCCCCUCGCCUCCGACGCGACCACUCCUAUGAAAGGGUGGGCCCGGCCUGCCGCGGGAGGGGCCGGGGCGAGUACUUUGCCCGAGGCAGGGGUUUCCGGGGGACCUACGGCGGGCGGGGACGCGGGGCCCGGGGCCGGGAGUUCCGCAGUUACCGAGAGUUCCGCGGAGACGAUGGACGAGGGGGCGGGGUGGGGGGCCCAAGCCACCCUGCUGCUCCCCGGGGCCGCACUGCCAGCGAGACCCGCAGCGAGGGCUCCGAGUAUGACGAAAUCCCCAAGAGGCGCCGCCAGCGGGGCUCUGAGACGGGCAGUGAGACCCACGAGAGUGACCUGGCCCCCUCAGACAAGGAGGCCCCUCCGCCAAAAGAGGGGGUCCUUACCCAGCCCCCUCUUGCUCCUCAACUAGCAGGGGCCCCCCUUUCACCGGCCCCUGCUCGUUUCUCCAUGGCCCGCGGCGGGCGAGUCUUCACGCCCCGGGGAGUGCCGUCCCGCCGGGGCCGAGGGGGUGGGCGGCCCCCACCUGCUGUUUGCGCGAGCUGGAGCCCACAGACCAAGCCCCUGGCCCCCAAAAAACCUCCCAUGGGCCCUUUGCUUCCAAGCAAGGAGUCUUUGAAAGAGAAGCUCAUCCCAGGGCCUCUGUCCCCCCUGGCCCGGGGAGGCUGCGGUGGCGCUGGCAGUGUGGGCAUGGGUGUGGAAGAUGGCGAGCGGCCCCGACGGAGGCGGCAUGGGAGGGCGCAGCAACAGGACAAGCCACCUCGUUUCCGGAGGCUGAAGCAGGAACGCGAGAACGCUGCCCGCGGUGCUGACGGCAAGGCGGGGCCCCUGCCCACGUCCACCUCUGCACCGGGGCCUGAAGAAACCCUGGCCACAGGAGCAGCACCCCUGCCACCGCCACGCCGGGCUGCCGCCAAGUCUCCUGACCUCUCAAACCAGAACUCUGACCAAGCUAACGAGGAGUGGGAGACUGCGUCGGAGAGCAGCGACUUUGCUAGUGAGCGUCGGGACAAGGAGGCUCCCCCACCAGUGCUGCUGACCCCCAAGGCUGUGGGAGCCCCUGGGGGCAGUGGAGGCAGCGCUGGACCUGGUGUUGGGAGCAUGCCCCGUGGAGACCUGAGCCAGAGAGCCAAGGAUUUGAGCAAGCGUAGCUUUUCGAGUCAGCGGCCAGGCAUGGAGCGGCAGAACCGGCGUCCAGGCCCAGGGGGCAAGACGGGCAGCAGCAGCGGUGGAGGAGGUGGCGGGGGCCCUGGGGGGAGGGCCGGCCCAGGACGAGGGGACAAGAGGAGCUGGCCCUCUCCUAAGAACCGAAGCCGUCCUCCUGAGGAUCGACCCCCUGGGCUUGCUUUGCCUCCCCCGCCCCCCAGCAGCUCAGCCGUCUUCCGUCUGGACCAAGUGAUCCACAGCAACCCUGCUGGCAUCCAGCAGGCUCUGGCCCAGCUCAGCACCCGCCAAGGAAGUGCUGCUGCUGCAGGGGGACACCCGAGGCCCAAGCCUGGGCCUCCCCAAGCCCCUCCGGGCUCUUCCCCAAGACCCACAACCCAAUAUGACCCCCAGAGGGCCAACAGCGGUGGAGUCAGUGCUGAAGCCCACUUUGAGGAACCAGGGCCAGUGGUGAGAGGGUUGGAUGGAACUCCUCGAGACCCUACCGGGGUUACUCCUUUCCCUACCAAACGGCGAGAACGGCCUCCCAGGAAACCGGAGCUAAUACAGGAGGAGUCCUUGCCGCCACCUCAUAGCUCUGGAUUCUUGGGCCCUAAGCUUGAGGGCCCAGCUCCUCGGGGAGAGUCAAGAGAUGCAAGCACCGAGGCCUUGACCCCUCACGUCUGGAAUCGUUUACAUACCGCCACCAGUCGGAAGAGUUACCGCCCUGGUGUGGAGCCCUGGAUGGAGCCCCUGAGCCCUUUUGAGGAUGGAGCUGGCACCGAGAUGAGUCAGUCUGACAGUGGGGUAGACCUGAGUGGGGAUUCUCAGGUGUCAUCAGGUCCCUGCAGCCAGCGAAGUUCCCCUGAUGGAGGACUCAAGGGGGCAGCAGAGGGGCCCCCCAAACGGCCUGGAGGCCCCUCACCCCUGAAUGCAGUUUCCGGUGAGGGUCCACCUAGCUCUGAGCCCUCUGAGCCUCCCAGGAGACGGCCACCUGCCUCCCACGACGGGGAAAGAAAGGAGCUGCCCCGGGAGCAUCCUCUGCCCCCUGGCCCUAUUGGCACAGAGCGAUCACUGCGUGCUGACCGAGGCCCUGAGCCUGGUCCCCUCCGCCCCUCCCAGCGACCUGGGCCCCCUGUCCAGUUUGGCACCAGUGACAAGGACACAGACUUGUGCCUGGUGGUGGGAGACAGCUUAAAAGCAGAGGAGGAGCUGACGGCGUCAGCCGCUGAGGCCGUCCCCCUGUCCCGAGACUGGGAGCUGGGCCCCAGCACUGCUGCCUCUGCAGAGCCACGGUCCAAAGCCCUGGGCUCUGGGCACUGUGGCGGCCCAGAGCCCGGCUCCUCAGGCCCGCGCCUCUACCCUGAGGCCUUCUACGGCAGCCCUGGGCCUCCUGGUUCUCAGGUGUCGGGGGGAGCCACAGACUCGCAGUUACAUCCUAACCAGGGGGGCUUCCGCCCUGGGACCCCCUCACUGCACCCUUACAGGUCACAGCCCCUGUACUUGCCCCCAGGCCCAGCCCCUCCCUCAGCAUUGCUCUCUGGGGUAGCCCUCAAGGGCCAGUUUCUGGAUUUCUCAGCAUUGCAAGCCACAGAACUGGGGAAGUUGCCGGCUGGAGGGGUGCUCUAUCCGCCCCCUUCCUUUCUCUACUCUCCAGCUUUCUGCCCUAGCCCUCUGCCAGACCCACCCUUGCUGCAGGUGCUUCUGCCUGUGCUGGACUCACAGCUGCCUGUGAUGAACUUCGGCUCUCUGCCACCAGCACCACCUCCUGCCCCCCCGCCCCUCUCUCUCCUCCCUGUGGGCCCAGCUUUGCAGCCCCCCAGCCUGGCUGUGAGGCCUCCACCUGCUCCUGCUACUAGGGUGCUGCCUUCACCUGCCAGGCCCUUCCCUGCUAGCUUGGGGCGAGCAGAGCUGCACCCAGCGGAACUGAAGCCGUUCCAGGAUUAUCGAAAACUGAACAGCGGCCUUGGAGGGCCUGGGUCUUCACGGACUCCCCCAGCCGGAAGGUCCUUCUCGGGCCUGAAUGCCCGUCUCAAGGCCCAGCCCUCCACCUACAGCAGUGUCUUCCGCACCCAGCGCCUCGACCUCUACCAGCAGGCCUCCCCCCCGGAUGCCCUGCGCUGGAUGCCGAAGCCUUGGGAGCGGGCAGGGCCACCACCUCGAGAAGGGCCCUCUCGGCGGGCAGAGGAACCUGGGUCCCGAGGGGACAAGGACCCUGGGUUGCCCCCACCCCGCUGAGGGGGGAGUUCCCCCUAACCCCCUCGCCCCUGGGGCUUGUAUAUAGAUUAU